AUGCCGAACUGCUCUCGCCCGGAUGGCCCCGCCUUACUGGAGGCUCUCAAGCCCGUCUUUGACCUCCGCUCCAUACGACCUGUCACAAACACUUCAACCACCACGACUGUCAUGAUCGGUUUCAUCCUGCUCGGCAUUCUUGGGGUGGUAAGGGACACUGACGUUCAUUGCAAAAAAGCUCACAACCUCUAUCACUUUAGACCAUCCUCCACUCAAACAAAACAUAUUGACUUCUUUCAGGAUGAAAAGGCUCAGAUCCUGACAACAUUUAUCAUGCAAAUAUUGAGCUGGAAAAAUGAAUUCAUAAAAUGGGACCCAAACCAGUGCGGCACCGAUUGGAUUACACUUCCCAGAAAACUGCUGUGGGUCCCCGAUGUGGUUAUUAAUGAGUUUAUGGAGAAGAAUGUGGCCCAAUUUACGCCGUACACAUACGUGUACGCCAACGGCAUUGUGUUAGAUAUUCGGCCUAUCAGAGUGGUGAGCUCCUGCAGGCUCGACAUCUACACCUUUCCAUUUGACAUUCAGAACUGCACUUUGACCUUUAACUCCUACAUCCACGUUUCACCUGCAAUGAAGAUUGGUAGCAUAGCGUCGGUGGAGACAUUAAUGGAAUAUUCCGAACAAAUGAUGGCAACUAUGGGAGAAUGGGAGCUCAUUGGAAUCAAAGCAUUACAUCGGCAGAAAACAAGUUCGACUAACAGCACUUAUGAAGAGCUUCGUUUCUUUAUUUCAGUGCGGCGCAGAUCCCUGUUGUAUGUGGUCAACCUCCUGAUCCCUUCUUGCUUUCUCAUAACGGUGGACCUCUUCAGUUUCCUGCUGCCUCCUCAGAAGGUGGAUCGCUCCUUGUUCAAGAUGACGCUCAUCUUGGGCUACACCGUCUACCUGCUUCUCAUGAACGACUUCCUGCCCAUCACCGGAAACACCCUGCCGCUCAUAAAUGUGUUCCUGUCCCUUUGCUUGGGUCUGAUGGUAGCGAGUCUCCUGGAGACCAUUCUCAUCACCAACCUGUUGCACAGUUCCGCUCACUACCCAGAGGUUCCUCGCUGGAUCAGACUGCUAGUCAUCCAUAUGAUGGGCCGCCUGGUUCUGAUUCCUCCAAAGCCCAAACAAGUGCAACAGAUCAUCCAAAAUCCUCUCGCACUAGAUGGAUUCUUACCUGCCUCCCCCACAACAGAAAUGGACACUCAGAGAGGAGGUGACGGAGGAGCCCACGGACCAGAAGGGCCACUGGACAGGGACAAGGUGGUGGAGGAGCUUCGGAGCCUGGGAAGAGAUCUUAGAGUCAUCCGGCUGAAAGUGGAACAGGAGCUGAACGUUAGCCAGAGCACAGAGGAGUGGAUCCAAGUGGCUUUCAUCAUAGACCGCCUGCUGUUCACCAUCUAUAUCCUUUUCUUAUCUGCUAGCUUCAUCCUCAUCAUCGUCAUGUCGGUCAACUCAUACAACGCCUCAAUUUAGCACUUAGAAACUGUCAUGUUGUACUUUAAUUAUGGAUUCAAGUUCAGAUGUUUUAGUUGGCUUUGCUUGACAUUUAUUUUACU